UCGGGUUUUGCAUUUUGAAUCACGUCAGAUGAUGAUAGUGUUGCUGUUGCUUAGUGCCUGUGUUUGUUUGGGCCUCGCAGAUGACAGUUAUGUUGAGGAACAAUAUGGGAAGACGUACAGGUGGAUGUUGCAUAGAGACACUCGGUCACUAGAGUUCACCCCCAAGGACAACUCAGAGGCGAUAGUCUUGUGGACACGUCAUGUUGAGAGGGGGAUGAAGCCGCUGAAGAGGAUAGUAGAUCUCCAUUGGGGGGUUGCAUAUUACUACUAUGAGCAGAGUUAUUUAACCCAGGAAGACAGCGGCCUCUACACAAUGAGAGACAAAGAUAAGAAACUGCUGCAUAAUGUGACCAUUGAAGUAAUAGCAAACAAAAGGUCCUAUGAGCGGAGUCCUGGAGAAAGCUUCAACUUCACUUUUGAUCUUAAACCGAACUCCUGCAACAUUUACUUCAUCCCAGAAAGUCACCUCAACCUGAAAGGGUUUGAGACUGAGAUAGUUCGUCAAGGCAGACAGGAGAGGAAGGGCUCGGAUGAAGUUAAAUGCGUUGGGUUUCAGCUGUCAGAGCCAUGUGGGAUUUUGAUUGAGAGACUCCAAAGUUCAUGUGGUGGACGCUUUGAGGUCAAAGAUCACAGUGACAACAUGGCCUUGGUGGUGUCACUGAAAAUGAAGUCAAACACGAGGUCCUAUGAACGGAGUCCUGGAGAAAGACUUGACUUCACUUUUGAUCUGGAACCGAACUCCUGCAACAUUUACUUCUUCCCAGGAAGUGACCUUAAACUGAAAGCAUUAGAGACUGAGAUAGUUCGUCAAGGCAGGCUAGAGAGGAAGGACUUGAAUGAAGUUAAUUGCGGUGGGUUUCAACUGUCAAAGCCAUGUGGAAUUUUGAUUGAGAGCCUCCAAAGUUCAUGUGGUGGACGCUUCGAGGUCAGAGAUCAGAAUGGCAACAAGGCCUUGGUGGCAUCACUGAAAAUGAAGCGUAGGGUAAAACGUAGGGCAAGGAUAACCCCCAGAGAUGAGGCUCUAUGCGAGGACAAGUAACAGAAGAACGUAUGGGAAGCAGGUUCUAG